AUGCCUCGCAGUCCGCCGAAAAACCUUACCCUCCUCCUACCCCCACCUUACCGAAGCGACUACCAAAUCGCCAGGUCCCCUACAUAUUUCUCCACAUUACACACACCAACUCCCGUAUCCGCCUAUGCGUCCGAAAAAUAUCCAACCCCAAUCCCCAUCUCCGCGCGCACAUUAACACCAGGAUCCUGCGCCGGAACAAUAAUCUUCGACUCCACAACUUUCUACACUCCCACCUCACCCGCAAAACCUUGUAUCUACGCCAACUACCUCCCAGCAGAUGAAUACACAUUGCACAGGUUCAUCCGAAAAGAACGAGAAGAACAUUUCCGACGGUUAAGACAGAAAUGGGGGGUACUAUUCUACUGGGUUGUGGGGUUCUGUGUCAUCAUUGCCUUUGGAGUUGCUACUGCAACUUUUUCGACAAAGUAUACUGACUCUGGAGUCUUUGAAAUGUUGUUCCCUGGGUUGAUGGCUACUGGGGGGAACGGAAGGGGUUAUACUCGCGCACCUGAGGUGAUGAUGGUUAGCAAUGGUACUGGAUAUGCUAUUUCUAUGCCGUUGAAUGAGGAGGCUUAUCCGUUGCCUGGGGAGUGGUAUAGAGCGCUUUGCGACUCGGUUGAGAUGAAGAGUAUGGCUGCUUCGGAGAAUAGGAAUGGGAAACCCAUGGCUGCGCAUUUGGGAUAUUAUGAUGAGGAUAAAGGGUAUGAAGGGUUGGAGUUGGCGGCAGGAGAUGAUGAGGAAGGUGGGGAUGGGGAGUGUGAGAGGACGAUGACUUUUGUGGUUGAUGAUUGGGAGGGGAGAGUUGGAGGGAUUGGAGAGAUGGUUAUGGGAUUGUGGAUGGCUUAUGCGCUUGCUAUUCAUGAGCAGAGAGAGUUUUUUGUGGUUGGGAAGAAAGGACGAUGGGCAUAUGGUGAUAUCAACAGAUACUUUGACAUCCCACCACCGACGAAGAAGUGUUCUCCACCAGCCAUGUCAAGAAGUCUUCCUUGCCCGAGGAAUACACCGCACAGGCUCGUCACCCCUGCAACAUUUAAAGACGCUUUCGGUCAUGCAUUCGAGAACGAAUUCGAAGAUGCUCGUAAAGUCGGUGUACAGCGACAGCAUAAGAUCUUUGACUUCCUGAGAACAGGGUAUGAAGCUAUUCCUCUCAAGGGAGAUCUUCAGGCCACCAUCAUGGACAGAGUCCAUGACAUCGGUGUUGAAGCCAGUAAAAACGUUGUCGCCGUCCAGAUCAGACAUGGAGACCGAGGUGCCAGAGAAUGGACAUGGCACAAGGGAUACCUACCAUUGGAGAGGUUUAUGAAGGUCAGCUUGAACAUGCCCGGUGAUGUUAUCAAGGGUAUUUCUGCGGUUAGUGAAAACGAGGGUGAUAAAUGGCCAAAGGACUAUUUUCUCCCAGAUUACCCUCGUUCGUCGGUUGAACCACCGAUGAGAAUCAUUUCUUCGGAUGAUUCCGAUGUGUUUAACCAGAGAGAGGUUAGGGACUGCGGUACCGGUGGCUCUAAUGGCGUUUGUGUGAGAGCACAGGAUAGGAGUGUGGCUGUGGGACAGCCUGGUGGCUUUUGGGCCGAGGAUCUGAAUAAGAUGGAAAGAGAGGAGAGAGAGGCUGCUGCGGUGUCUUACCUAAUCGAUUUUGGUAUCCAAGUUGAGGCCUUGAGGGUCGCUAAAGAUGGAUGGGCCGUCUGUGGGUAUUAUGGAGAUAUGUGCCGAAUGCUCGCUGUAGGCAUGGGGUGGGAAUCAGCGAUCGAGAAAGGUCAUUGGGUGAACAUUGAUGGAGACUUCGACUGGUUCGGCAUGAGGUGGUAA